AUGUGUGAUUCGUUUAUGUGUGUUUCCAGUCGGGCGAUCGUCAACAACCCGGACGUGACGCGAGCCGCGCCGCUGACCGACAUUUGGACCAACGACUUCUGGGGCACGCCGAUCGGGUCGAGCAGCUCGCACGGCUCGUACCGGCCGCUGUGCGUGGCCUCGUUCCGGCUGAACCACUGGACGGGCGGCCUGGACCCGAAGGGCUACCACGCGGCAAACGUUCUGCUGCACUGCGCCGUCACGUAUCUGGUAUACGCCGUGUACCGGACGCUGAUGCCCGGCCGCCGGCCCGCCGCGGCCGCGGCCGUGUUCGCCGUCCACCCGGUGCACGCCGAGGCCGUGGCUGGUGUCGUGGGCCGCGCCGACCUGCUUGCCUGCCUGUUCUACCUGGCCGCGUUCCUGUGCUACGCAGCGCACGUCCGGCACCGGGACAGGACGCCAGACCCGCGGCGCCGCGUCGUGUGCUGCGACGCCGGCUGCCACCGCCGGACGUACCGACUGGGCUCGGCGGUGCGCACCGUCUUCGCCGCCCUGGGCCUGGGCACGUGCUCUAGCGACCUGGAUGGCCUGCCCGGCGGCGUCACCGAGUGCUGCGCGGUCCGAGAGUGGGCCUGCUUGGCGGCCACCUUGCUCAUGGCGGCCGCAUCCAUGUUGGCCAAGGAAACCGGGCUGACCGUGCUGGCCGUGUGUGCCGUGUACGACGUGCUGUUCGCCAGCAAGCAAUCGCCGAACAAGGUAAGACAUCUGAGUGUUAUUAUUACAAUCGUCGACAACCCUAAUAAUUGUUAUUGUUGA